AUGUUUAAAUUAAUAUUUUUUAUAUUUUUUAUAAAUAUUAUACUUGGUUUUGAAAUAAGAUAUUUAGAAUUUGAAGGUACCAAGUGCAAUAAAAAUAAUUUAAAAUAUAUAAUCAGUGCUACCGAAUGCUCAGAAUUUGGUUACAUUUCAAACUAUUUUAGAAAUAACAAUACAAUAGAAAUAGUUCCAGUUAGAUCUUUAGGAGAUUGUCAAGAGGGAAGUAAAAAGAAUUUAAAUAAAAAUAGAAAUAAUAUACCAAGCAUAAUCAAAGUUUUAAAUAAAUGUUAUACUGAUUUUAACUACUCUUAUUAUUAUCAAAUAUCCCUAGAUACAGAUCCAAUUAAAAUAAAUUCAUUUGGCCAUCAAAUAUCUUCAUUAAACUACAAUCAUAAUAAAUAUUUAGAAAGAAAGAGAAAUAAAAAGGAAAAUAAUCAAACAAGUAUUGAAAAGAAAUUGUUGCAACAGAAUGAUAUCUGUCAGAAUUACUUAAUAACAUCUUUUAAAAAUGGGUCAUGUUCGCUAGUAGAUUACAACGAAAAUACCUCAAAAUACUAUUACAUCAAAACUUUUACAGUGGGAGAUAAAAUUCAUGAAUAUUCAUGUAUUAACGAAUGCUAUUCAAACUCAACACAUCAACAAGUUCAAAAAAAUUGUCAAAUUGUUAGGUCAUCUUUAAUAAACCAAAUUUGUAAUAGUAAAAUAAAAAUAUUAAAUAUAAAUGAGGUUUUAAAUUCAAAAAAUACAAUUGUUGAAACAAACAAUUCUUUACAGAAAAAUAGUUAUAUAAAUAUUAUAUUGUUAGUUUUACAAAUUAUAGUUUUAAUAAAUAUAAUAAAUUAUUUAUAA